CGUUCUUGCGUUCUUCGUGCUCGAAAGAUGCUAGUGAUGCUGUCCCUUAUCCCAAACGCUAGCACGCCCGCAUACCGUCACUGACCGCCACCGCACCAAUAACACCCUCCCUCUUCGCCACGGACGCAGCUCCCUUCCUCACCCACGAGUCAACAGACCACCAUGGCGAACAAACCAAACCGCAAGCGUCCGCGCAUCGUGCCCCCUGAAUCUACUUCGUCGUCUUCGAGCGACGAACAUGCGGAGCCAACUCCUACUCUCUCUUGGCCUACUCCCACUUGUGGCAUUGCGUACGUACCUUCAGCAGCAAGGAACUACCUAGGGAGCGUGCUAACGGUGCCCAGGUUGCUCGCGCGCGAGCUUGACCUUACGUCUCCUACCAAUGCCACCGGCUUAGACAGCGCAGGCGGCAGUGCCGGCGGUACCAGCACCACGGCUGCGAGCAGCACAGCCAACCUCAGAGGCACUACCACUUCUACCACGAGCAGCGCUGUCGGUCCCGGCGAUAUCGCAAGCGUCAGCGCCCCCAGCGGUGCCACCACCACUGUCACCACCAACACCGACGCGCAAGCCGGUGCAGACGACUUCCCUCACCCCUACAACCUGCCCCACGCCCCGCGCGCGCCCAAAUCCAGCUCCAAAAAAGGUCCCCUCGCGCCUCCCGCCGCCCGCGCCCUCGGCCAAUGGCUCUGCUGCACCUGCAUGCGGACGACGUGCUGGUUCAACGUGGCCGGGAAGCGUUGUCAGCGAGAGGGGUGUCCGCACUUGAAGUGCGAGUGCUGUCUGUUCCUUGGACGCGCGCUGGGUAUUCAGGAGCGCGUGCAGCAGGUGAGGGAGGCGAGAGUGGUGGUGGAGAAGAUGAAGGAGGAGCGGGAGAGAAGGGAGAGGGCGGUGGAGGGUGUUGUGGGGGGGCUAGUGGGGUUAGGGCUGCGGGAGGAUGGGGAGGAGGGGGAGGGAGAGGGCGAGCAUAUGGAUGAGAGUGCUGGUUGA